AUGCGCACCUCAUUGAGAGAAUUGCGGACUCCAAUAACAGGGCGGCGCUCUCUACGCACCAAACAGAACGCUCUUCCAGCAGCCUACUAUCGUGGCGGUACAUCGCGAGCUGUCUUCUUCAAGGAAGAGCACCUGCCUCACGACCGCAGGGAAUGGUCUUCAAUCUUCAGAGGAGUCAUUGGAAGCCCCGACCCCUACGGUCGACAGCUCGACGGUCUUGGUGGCGGCAUCUCCAGCCUCUCCAAGAUCUGCGUGGUGGGCAAGUCCACUCAUCCCGAUGCAGACGUCGACUACACUUUCGUUUCAUUGGGGAUCAAAGACAAGGAUGUGGACUAUUCCAGCAAUUGCGGAAACAUGAUCAGCGCGGUGGGCCCCUUCGCGGUGGAUUCUGAACUGAUUCCAGUUCCACUAUCAGAAGUCGGAGAGACUGACGAGACUGUUUUGGUGCGCAUUCACAAUACGAACACGGGCAAGAUCAUUCACUCACAUUUUCCCGUUGUUGAUGGUGAGGCCGCAACGACGGGCGACUUUUCAAUCGAUGGAGUGGCUGGCACAUCGGCGCGAAUUCGACUCGACUUCAUCAAUCCUGCAGGGUCGGUAACGGGCAUGUUGCUGCCGACAGGCAGCGUCACAGACAAAAUUGAUGGCGCGAUCGUCACCUGUCUCGAUGCAGGAAACCCGUGUGUCUUUGCUGACGCGGCUGCUCUAGGCGUGAAUAGUGAUUUAUCGCCCCAGGAGAUUGCUACGCAUCCUACGCUUCUGCCUCGGUUAGAUACCAUUCGUCGUCAGUCCGGCGUCAAGAUGGGUAUUGCUUCGACAGUCGACAACGUUCCAGGCAGCAUUCCCAAGAUCUGUCUGGUAGGUAAACCCACUUCAGCUGGAGCUCGAGAUAGUCAGCUCGGACAAGACGGUGGCCAGGUGGAUAUCUUGGCUCGUGCUCUCUCUGUGGGCCAGCCGCACAAGGCUGUGCCCAUCACGGUUGCUCUUGCGCUGGCGGCUGCGGCGAGGGUCCCUGGGAGUGUGGUUGCUGAUAUUGUUGGGGAUCAGCGACGCGUGGAUGACGCCGGCCUCAUAAUCGGACAUGCGAGCGGGAACCUGCUGGUGGGAGCUAAUUUUGAUGAGAAGGGUUGCUUGACCUCAGCUACGGUGUUCCGCACUGCCCGGCGGCUAUUUCAAGGGACAGUCUUCUGGAAGAACGAGUCCUCUAUAUGA